AUGUCUAUCGAGGUCAAAUCUCUAAAUGGCCAAUGGGUCGGCGUCUACACGUUCGACAAUGGCAAUGGAGCUACCAACGGCGAGUCUGAGUUCUUUCUCUCAUUUGAUAGCGAUCCCAACGACCGCACCCUGGCCCGCAUCAAUGGACAAGGGUUUGAUGAUGCUGGCUCAUUCACGAUCGUGGGAACUCUUGACUCAAAGAACUUGAUAAAUUUACGGAAGAACUACAGUAGCCAUGGAUGGACGUACUCUGGGAAAUUGGAUCGAGCACUGAGUGUGCUCCAUGGCUCGUGGGGGGAUAUUCGCAAUGGACCUAUGGGGUUCUUUGCCUUUCAGCAGGUGGGCGAUGAGGAUGUCGUAUCCGCGGGGGAGAGAACCUGGCGCAUCAAUGGUCGAUGGAAAGGAACAUACAGCGCAGCCAGGGAAGACACCCGUUGGCCGUGUGAGUUCGAGUUGACCGCAUCUCCCGGGAAAAAGGAAGAACAGAUGGCGAUUGUAGGGAAGGGAGUGGACAACGCGGGUGCGUAUUGGAUCAAGGGGAUGGUGUUAUCUGCCCACCAGGUGAUUUUUGUCAAACAGUAUGCGGGACACUCGUGGAUCUACCGAGGCGAGCUAGAUGAAGAUGGCAGCGUGAUGGAAGGGGACUGGGAAGGGAAAGGAGAUCAGGGAACGUUCACUUUCACGCAUUGA